ACUAUCUGUUCAAAAUGGACGAUUUCUACUGAACUAUUCAGCUGUUUAUUGCCUCUGCCUAUUUUCUUAGAUUAUGUAGUUUUGUAUUUUAGUGAUCAUUGACGCGUUUUUAAAUAACUGAUGUAGACAACAUUAUCGGCUCGAUUUGUUACUACUGUUAAGUCGAUUAUAUGUGAGUAAAUGCCAAUUUUGCACGUGUUGUCGCUCAAAAACUUCUAUGGCGACAACGUUGUGUUUAAAAUAUCAAACAUAACGAAUGUUCUUUUGAAGAUUAUAUACCAUAUUUUUUUGCAUAAAUGAUGAAUUUUAAUCUUUUGUGCUUUCUACAGAGUAUACUGAAUAUGACAGACGGAGGUAAUACCACAGGAGAGUGCAUUGAUCCUGAUGAUGAAUAUUCUGAAAAUACCAGAGCGCACGACUAUUUUCCAACUUCAAAAACAGAUUACAACAACAGUUCACAAAAUCAUUUGGCCCCAACAACAUUUUACGAUGAAGAGUAUGUUAACCCUGCAGCCUUCUCAUAUUAUCCCAUACCUAAGAAUUACGCAAAUAUAAAGAUCGGUACACAAGAUAACAGUGAUAAAGCAUCUAGAAAUAAUAAGGCUUACGACGAAGUAUAUAGAAUAUUACCCCACGAUCAAAAGAGAUAUAAAAUAUGCUCUCCCAAAGCACAAAAAUGUUAUGAUGAAUCUAUUGAAGUUGAAAAGGGUCCACCAUUUGAUUAUCCUCCAGAUGGAAAAAAACUUGAUGAUUCUUUAUAUAACAUUAUGAAUGGUCCAUCAACAAACCCUGCACAAAAUAUCUGUUUCAAUCUGGGAAAGUCGUUAAAAAUGUCACAACCUAGUGGAAAAGAUUUAAAAAGUCCAACAAAUAAGAAAGAAGUUUUUGGUACGAGAACUCUGAAAGGAAAGGAUAAAAAUAGUCGGAUUAAGGUUAACAAACAAAUAAAGGAAAAAAAAACUCAUCCUUCACAAUUAGAAAAAUCAUAUGAUUCGAAUCAAACUGACAAUAAUUCAAUUGAAGCUAAGGAAAAGAAAGAUAAUUGGUCACUUGACAAUGUUCUUCAGUUUGUUGAAGGUUCUGAUCAAAACGAUACUAAGAAAAAGAAAAAGAAGAAAAAAUCGAGAAAUCGCAAGGUUAGCAACGAUUCUACUGUUAAAUAUCAUGACGAUAGCUCAGAAGAGCAGUAUCCGUCACCUAACGUUCAAGCUAAGGCGACAGUGAUGUUAUCUGAAAAUUUGGAGAAAGGUGAGACUGGGCCUUUGCCAACACAUUCCAUUCCUAGUGAAAAAUCGCCCGAACUUGAAGGUGAAUCCAAAAAAUUAGUUAAAGAAUUAACGAUUCAAAUUAAUUCGACUAAUCAAAAAGCUGCUGAAGCUCCGAAUGAAUUGAUAGAUAGUCAAGUAAACAAUUUUUCCCAAGUUCAAAGUCCAACAAUAAAGGAAGAAUCUAAAUUGACUUCUUAUGAUGAAAACCUGAAAGCCAUAACUCAUUCCGAAAUUGAUACCGCUAAGCAAAGAGACGCAAAAGGAUCUCCAAGUCAAAAUUCUCUUGAUGAAAAUUGGCAAAAAUUUUCUUCGAAAAAGAAAAGAGAGAAACGUCACGAAAAUCCUUUGCCACCAGCUCAUCCUGAUAGCAAGCCAAUCGAUCGAAAUUCGUCACCAUCGAAAAAUUUUGAAAAGAGUCAAUCCUAUCAAUCCCAAGCGUCAAAUUUAAAGGAUGUUCACUCUCGAAAGAAUAGUACGAAAAAAGUUACUGUUGUUGUAGGUAUUCGUAGCGAUGAGAAUAAGAGAAAGCCGAAUAAGUCGUACAAUACUUCAAGACCGAUGGAUAAGAAUUUUACUGGUAAAAAAUUGGAGAAAGGUCAACCUGUAGAACAAUUAAAUGAGAAAACAUUAAAUACGAAAUUAAAUAAACAAGAUUCUCUCCUGGAAACGAAUAAAAUGCUUAGAGCGGAAGUAAACAUUUCACAUCACAAGUCUACAACUACUUCUUCAACUGCCGAAAAAUUAAGUGUCACAAGGGAGAAAUCUGACAGAGACUUACGGAACCCUUAUUAUUUGCCAGAUGGAAUGAAGAAUUUGGCUUGGUCCGAUGUACAACUCAAUAUGUGCUUCGAUUCUCGUUGGGAAUUACCUUUACAAAAUUUUCCAGAACUAUGCAAUGUCGAACCUAUUAAAAAUCCCUUCUCUUAUCACUAUUACUUAAAGUAUGUUGAUGAUAAGGAUCCUAAUGGGAUAAAACCCGAUACAAUGAAAGAAUAUUACAAAAAUCAUCAUUUAAGACCUAACGGAAUGACAGAAGACGACUUGAGAGAAUUUGACGAGAAGAAAAAGGUGACAUUGAAUCCUAAUGCGUCUGUUUUCGCACCAACAAUCAAAUGGCACAACACACCCCAGGGAAGAAAUGGUGCUCCUGAUAGAAUACCAGGGUUAUUAUUAGAGAAAAUUCGCGAAAUUGUUAACAGUCCUAGGGAUAAGUCUCCAGAAGACAUUUUGCAGAGAAUUAGUAAUAUGUUCAUAGAAAGCGACUAUCCAAUAUCCAAAUCAAAGGACCAUGUAAAUACGAAAUUUGAAUCAUUAAUCGAUCGCCCAGAAAGGUUACACCCUAUAAACAUCCCUAACGAAGAAGCUCUUCACCAUCCUUUAGAAGUUUGUGGGCCUAUGUUUCCUUUCGAGUAUUAUCCCAAUGAGGAAGCGGAAAGUUUCCUUGGCGCAAUGUACGCUCCGAAUAAUCCACCUAUGAAUUUUCGUCCGUUACAAACCUACCCUCUAGUCUUUAAUACGCCCAGAUAUCGUACGAUGAAUUUUCAGUGA